CUAAUAAAACGGCCAAGAGUGUCAUCUGCAUCAGCGUUCUUCAUUGGCCUUCGUUGAGAUUAGCAUAACGACAACAGCGAUAGCGGUAAUGACGGUCCUGAAGCCGCCUGGCGGCGAGGAUAGUGACAUUUUUGGAGUGCGAUCACCCUCCCAUCCGAUCACAGCUUCACCUCGUCGUGUCGUCAAGGGCCAAACAUCCAACAUCUUCGGUUAUGCCGAUGAGACUGACCGUGCGUCCGGGAUUUCGUCUGGCGCUUCCACGCCUCGUCGCAAGAUGUCCACUUCUUCCCAAGAACGCCUUUUCGGAUCGGACGACUUUUCAACGCCACGUCGCGCUGUGGAUCGCAUGAAGUCAUCGGUAUUCGAUGGGCAACGUUCUGCGCCUGCAACGCCAGUUGCAGUAAACAAAAAAUACAUCUCCCGUAAUCCGAUCACGGGCUGUGUGUACACCGUUGGCUCUCCAUCACGUCAGGAACGUGGUGGCUCAUCAGGCAGCUCGUCUGGCGGGUCGGUGUCGCCUAUCGACGGAGGACGCCCAAACGGAUCGAACGGGCAUCUGUUCUAAGUAAUCUAAGCGCCGUUUUCUAUAUUGUAAAGCAUACAACAGCAGCUAAUAUAGAUGGGCCGUCAGAUUACUCGCACUACCAGUAAUAACUUAUUAUUUUUCAAUUAUCACCCGCGCUGCCGACUGAUAAUCGAUAAUAAUAAUAAUAAAUAUAUUGCUGAUGAAGAGCAGAAGCCUACAAGGAAGAUAAAAAUUUAACACUGAGGAGGAACGAAAGGCUGAAAGAACGGAUAACGUUUACAACUAUACCAAACAUUUACAAGAGGUAACAUCGGAAAAAGCAGUCUAUCAUUAAACUCUAUUAUACCAACAAAGCAGUGCAGAACUAUGGAGAAAAGAAUCUAAUAUAAUCAUCAUUAUUAUUUAACUGUAUUUAAGGCGAAAACGCAAAGAUAAUGCGUGUGUACGUGUUUAUCACACAAAAUUUGGGUGUAGCAUCGGUAUAUCGGACUAUCAUAAUAGAGACUUUGUGGUAAAAAAAAACACGAGAAACUUUACUAGGCAUAGGCCUAAAGACCAGUGUAACCGUGUUCGAUUUGGUGGAGUAUCUUCACUUCGUACGCAAAUAGAGAUUUCAAAAGGAACGUGCAAAGUUCACCGCAAAGAUAUAUGGAAAGAUUCAGCAAUAGUUUAAAUGCUAGAAAGCAUUUAUUAGGUUGGCGUGGAUAAUUAUAAAAAUUUCGAACAAAAUCAACGGGUACAAAGAGACUCAGAGGGAUUUUGGCAGUAUGGAUUGACCGAAGCAAGUAGUUGUUUAGAGCUAAGCUUGUGAGAGAGAUAGAAGAAUUAAGCAAAACGUUUGAAAGUCUGAAGAGACCAAAGCCGUCCCGGAUUGUAUUGGAACUGCAAUACAUUCGCUCGGGAGGUGGCGUUGUGCACGUAGUUCGACCUAUGGAAGCGUUCACUUAAACGGCAAUUUGUCUCUUUGACAACGUCGCGUCGCGUCUCAUAUGUAGAACAGCAGAGACACUGCUGCUAUAGCAAUCUUCGUAGGCAGCAGCUUCGAGCUUCUGUGGAUCGGCAGGAUCCGCUACCGCAGAA